AUGGCGGACGGGAAGGCGGGAGAGGAGAAGCCUGAGAAGCCGCAGCGAGCUGGAGCCGCCGGAAGACCUGAAGAAGCAGCAGAAAAACCUCUGAAAACUAAGACUAUUUCUUCCAGUAAUGGAAGGGAAAGUUCUAGUCGCAGCGCUGAAAAGCGAUCAGCUGAAGAUGAAGCUGCAGACCUCCCAACAAAGCCUACAAAGAUGUCCAAGUUUGGAUUUGCCAUAGCAGCAGCUUUCAAUGAAGAUGAAGAUAGUGAGCCAGAAGAAAUGCCUCCAGAAGCAAAGAUGAGCAUGAAGAAUAUUGGAAGGGACACACCAACAUCAGCCGGACCAAACUCCUUUAAUAAAGGAAAGCAUGGCUUUUCUGAUAACUAG